AUGUCCUCUUAUGAACGCUUGAAAGAACGCUAUCUCGCAGCGAAUCAAUCCCACGUCUUCACUUAUUGGGACAGGCUUAAUGAGAAAGAGCGCGAUGAAUUGCUGCACAACUUGAACAAGAUCGAUAUCGAACGCGCAAACCGCAUAUUCGCCAAAUCUACCCAUCCCACUAGCGAAAGUGGAAACGGACAGCCCUCCAUAGAGCCCUUUCCCGAUGAUUCUUUCGAUACCACGAUCGGCGAGGAAAGCGUUGCGAAUGUGGAAUCAUGGAGAAAGAUCGGAUUGGACGCGAUCGGCGCUGGCAAGGUUGGCGCUCUACUGAUGGCGGGCGGCCAAGGGACGCGGCUUGGAAAUUCAGACCCUAAAGGCUGCUACGAUAUCGGUUUGCCCUCACAUAAACCACUCUUCCAGAUUCAAGCGGAGCGAAUUUUACGCUUGCAGACACUCGCGGAGAGGGAACUAGGGAAACCUGUGGGCUCAGUCAUCGUUCCAUGGUAUGUGAUGACUAGUAGACCAACACGUCCGGCAACGGUGGCAUUCUUUGAAAAACAUCAAUAUUUUGGCUUAUCGAGAUCGAAUGUGAUCUUCUUUGAACAAGGGACUUUGCCGUGUUUCUCUCCAGACGGGAAGGUCAUAAUGGCGUCUCCAACCGAGAUUGCCACCGCACCGGACGGAAACGGAGGGUACUACGCUGGUUUGCGUGCACCUCUUUCCCCCUCAGACCCCGAUCACACUGGACUCUCAGACCUCAAAUCCCGCGGGGUCGAAUACUUGCACGCAUAUGCUGUCGAUAAUUGUUUGGUGCGCGUUGCCGAUCCCGUGUUCGUCGGGUACAAUAUCUGGAAACACGCAGAUUGCGCCGCGAAAGUGAUACCCAAGGCAACGCCUGAUGAGGGCUUAGGCGUUAUAGCACUCAAAGGGGGCGUCUUCACUGUCGUAGAAUACACUGAAAUUACCAGGGAACAGGCGGAACGCAAGGACCCAAAUCACCCUGAUCGUCUCGCUUUCCGUGCAGGGAGCAUUGCCAAUUUUUUCUACACUCGAACGUUCCUCGAAGAGGUUGAAUCAUUCGAAAGCCAACUAGCUUUCCACAUCGCUCAGAAGAAGGUUCCAUAUUGUCCUGUCGAUAACCCCACCGGAGAGACCAUCAAACCUUCCAAACCAAACGGCAUCAAGCUGGAACUCUUUGCAUUCGACGCUUUCUCCUUUGCAAAGCGCGUGUUUGUCUUGGAGGUCGACCGCAAGGAAGAAUUCAGUCCAUUCAAGAAUCCUCCGGGAACGGGCUACGAAGAUCCGGACACUAGUCGAACCGCUAUUCUCGCUCAGCAAAAGAGGUUCUUGCAGCGUGCUGGAGCGAGCGUUGCAGAUGGUGUCGUGAUAGAGAUAUCACCGUUGGUGUCCUAUGCUGGAGAAGGGUUAGAAGCCGCUAAAGGAAAAACGUAUGUUCGUUCUGGUUUUGUGGAGUCUGUCGAGGAACUGGAUGGGUUAGCGUAA